AAUUGCAUUAAAGAUGCAGCUAAAAGAGCUGCUUCCCUGGUUGUUGUUGUUGCCGGCGUUGCAAGCAGCCGUCUUGCCACUGGAUGUAUCACUUGGAUUACCUUUGGAGUCCGAGAAAUUUGGUUAUCUGGAGCUCAAACCAAAUGGCACUUUGAUCUUGAGUCAAGCAGACAAUCAAAGUGGCAGUCAACUGCAGAAUUUGUUGCUGUUGCGCAGUGUGUUGCAAGCCUUGAAGUUGCAACCAACAGUGGGUCAGGCCAAACUCAACAUCAAGAUCUAUGGGGAUGGUGUGGAGCAAAAGUUUCCGCCGAUAUUGGAGAAUGUUUUGCAGCGCAUUCAAACGUUCUUCUCCAUCUAUCGCUAUACGGACACGAGUCGCCCUGUGCGCCAGGAGAAACUCACCACAGAGCCGCCCAAGAAAUUGCAAACGAGCACCACUGAAAUCGUAGAGAAUCUAAAUGCUAAUGAUAACAUAGCUACAGUUCCGCCUUUACAUGAUGAUUACAUUACAGUGGGCGAAGAAGAUAAUGAAAUCAUAGCUACAGAUCCGCCGCUGCAGCAUGAUUACAUUACAGUGGGCGAAGAUGAGUGA